GAGGUUCUAUUGUGCAGCAGAGGGACUUUUGUUCUAAAUCGACCCGACAAAGCUAUCACAAAAAGUGAAAAUGGGGAAAAAACACAAGAAGCAUCACAGAUCAGAACGAAAGGAAAUUGAUGAUGGAACGCCUGACAAGCCUGACCGAUCAUCAUCAGAGCCUCCACUCAGAUUGGUUCUUAAGGUUGGACCAGAGAACAUCAUGACUGCUUCACCUAGCUCAGAUCAUUUCAGUACAGCAGCUGAUUCACCAGCCACACCUGACACAGAAUACAGACAUUCUCAUCAUAAGAAGAAGAAGAAAAAGAAGAGGAAUAGUGAUCAUGAUAGAAAGAGGACAUCAGCUCACUUUGAGACGAGCCAGUCAGCCACACCGGAGCCUGAUACACAGGAUGACGAUGAGUAUGAAGGGAGCGAGGAAGCCAUGGAAGAAGGGGCAUGGUCGGACCAUCCACCCACCAAGAAAAUGUUACUAUCUCUCCAUGAAAGACGAGCUAACCCUACAAGACAUUGUAAAGAUGAAGCACCAGUUCCUGAGAAGAGGCCUAUACUCAAAGUACUGGAGAACCUACAGAAGACCCUUCAAAGGAAAGAUGUAGAUGGUUUCUUUGCUUGGCCAGUGAAUGACAUCAUUGCUCCUGGUUACUCUAGUAUUAUACUACAACCAAUGGACUUCUGUACCAUGAAGAAGAAGAUAGAAAGAGAAGAUUACAACUCUAUUGAUGAAUACAAGGAUGAUUUUGUGACGAUGUGUGAGAAUGCAAUGAAGUACAACAGACCUGAGACUGUGUAUUACAAGGCAGCCAAGAAGCUUCUAGGUACAGGGCUGAAAGUCAUGAGCAAGGAACGUCUGGAAACCAUCAAAAGAGCGUUUGGGUGUGUGGAUGAAGGAGAAGGGAAAUCUAAAUCCAGAUCUAAACCUAAACCAAGUCAGAAGCUACACACAGAGAAAGAGAACACACCUCUUAAUGAGAGACCAGAGUUCAUGGAUACAAGCACAAUGGAUACCAUGGUAACAGAUGAGGGUUCAACUACAAACCAGACGGAUGCUACUGGAAAAUCUGAGGGUGAUGAGGACAUGGAUGAUGAUGAUGCCAAAGUGCUCAUUCAGGAAGUAUUAGAGGCAGCCAAAGCAGCUAAGGAUAGACUUACAGCUAGACAACCCAAGAGCAAGAUUGGAUUCCUGAGGAAAGACAAAGCUGGUACAACCACCUUGUCCGUUCUGAAUCCUGAUCGUGGUGAGAAUGAAGAGAGUCGUAAGGUCAAUCUGGGGCUGUUGACCGGUAGAUUGUCCCAUGGUACGGCAUCUCUACCAGGAUUCAAAGAAGACAAGAGAAAUAAAGCUCUUCCUGUGAGCUAUCUGAUGUAUGGACCGUUCAGUUCCUUUGCUCCUGGCUAUGAUUCAACCUUUGCUAACCUGAGUAAAGAAGAAUCGGAUCUUAUCUACAGCACCUAUGGAGAUGAGGAUGCAGUCAAAUAUGCAAAAAGUAUCCAGGAGUAUGUAAAGGAUAGCGGUGAUCAUGUGAACAAAAUGGUUGACAGUCUCCUGGACUCACUUACCGAUGGAGAGCAUAGCAAGACAAAAGAACACAUCAAACAGAAUCAUGAAUUGAAAGAGUUCCAAGCUGGGUUAGGAGACGCAGGAAGCAAGUCAACAAACUGUGCAGGAGGAAAGACGUCAAAUCAAGAUGACAAGAUUGACUUUGAAAGUCUGAAGUCUCUGGCUGAUGAAGGAAUUGACAUGUCAUUCCUGCCUGGCUUAGAGAAAGAGAUGGCCAUGAUGGACAAGAUACAGAGUGAGACUGAGAAAGAGGUGGAUCAGAAGCUUGGUAAGACUGCACAGCUCAUCAGGGAUCUUGAACGAAGUCAGAACGAACGUCUCAAUCGCAAACCUCCUCCUCAUCUUCAGUACAUCCAAGGUCCAUCGGAUCAAGAGCAUGCCAUAGCUGAGAAACUUACUCAACAACUCAAAGAACUUACUGCCAAGACAUUACCAGGUCACCUGGUCCCUACCGAGUCUGUUCGUAAAGCUAUGGGUAUCACUAUGGAACCACUGUUAGAUUCACCACCGCCCUCUAUAGCUACCUCACAGACUGCUCCCAGCGAAACUACAGAGGGCAGUGCAGGUCUACCUGACGACAAUGCCCUGCCGGAUGACAUCGCUAAGGAGCUUGAGGCGGAUGAUACCGGUACCACGGGGGACGAGGAAGGAAAGGGAGAUGAUGACGAUGUUGAUGCUGAGGUUGGAGAUGAACUCUUGGAGCUAUUGCGGGACAAAGAUGAGGGAUCGUAGAACCACAUAUCUAACCUUCUCUUGAAGGCUCUAUUGCCUCAUAGAUGACAUUCUUCUCUGUUUUUUUGUUUUGUUCUAUAUAUCUUUUGUUUUUUCAUGCAAACUUACAUGUAAAAGGCAAAUGCAAAAUGUGAUGUAGUCUUUUAUACAUAGCAUUCAUUUAUGUAAUACCUUAGUAACACCUAUGAGACUGACGCCAGUUAGACAGGCUGCAACAUACCAGCAUGAUUAAAGCACAAUAUUAAGUGAUCAUGCUUCUAUGUCUCUGUGAGGCUCUUUUGCACCAUGGAGUGCAUGGAGUGACCAUGGACGGUGGGACAGAGUCUCACAGAGAUGCAGAAGCAUGAUCACUCAUUUCUGUGUUUUACUCAAGCUGCUGCAUACUGAACUAAACAUGUUAUUACCUCAAAUGGCAAAGAUCUGGAAUCGGUCACUUUUGUAUCAGCUUGGAUUUAGGUUAGUGUAGUGGAGGUGUCCUGGUCUAGUGGAAACGUCACCGGACUGUGGAUCACACGGUUCACAGGUCAAGUCCUGUCAUGUCACUAUUGUCUUUUGAAAAGACAAUAAUCUACAUUUACCGCAAUAGGCUCAGGUGAGGUAAAUGGGUACCUGGUAGGAAUUCCUUGAAAUACUAUAGUGCCACAGCAAACAUUCUAAAGCCGGGUUUGAUAAUUUGUUCCCAUUUUUCACGAAGUGACGGUAGUGAGGAAAAUCCGCACGCAAAUCGUAUGCGAUUUUCAUUCACUACCGUCACUUCGUGAAAAUAGGGAUGAAUUGUUGAGUGCCAGGAGUGUCAAAUCUGACAGACAUGAGCGCAAUACAAGAACCCACUGUUAAUGUUAUUAUUGUUGUUAUUAUUAUUAAACCAUAAUUAAACAAUGUUUGCAUGCAACGAUGAGAUUGAUUGGCCAUUGUCAUUUGGCGAUUGAUUUCAAACCUUUGUGCUACGAUCAAAGCCCAGAAGUCGGUCAUGUACAUAUCAAUGUCCACCAUUAACUCAUUGCCAUGCACUGGCAACUAAAGUUUGUGUAUUCUUUAUGUUUUAUUCAUCAUUUUUUGUAUUAACAGCUUGCCUUACUGAUGACUUUGCUUGUCCAAACCUUAGAUCAUUGUUGAUAGUGUAGGCCUACAAUCAUUUAAUUAAAUUAUUGAGCAUGGUAUCCUGUGUGGAGGAUGUUUCCAACCAAGUGAUAUUUGGAUGAAAAUGCCAUGUUUUGUAAAUGUACCUGUAUUUAUGUAAUAAAAGCCAUUCCAUGUACAGAUAA